UUUGGCGAUGUGGUUAUUGGUUUCGCUGGUAAAUUAUUGAAAUGAGUUAUUACAAUAAGCCUUUGAUAUAAAAAAAAUACACACUUAAAUUAAAUUACCAACUGUACUGCUGAAUAUUACGAAGAAAAAGAGCAAAUAGAAACAUGGACUCUGAGUACAUAAAGAGACACCUGGGGAAGUGUCUGGCGGAGGGACUUGCUGAAGUGGCCGAGCAGCGGCCGGCUAACCCCAUCCAGUAUCUGGCCCACUGGCUCUACAAGUUCAACUCUAAUGCAGAGUAUGAGACUGCGAAAAAGGCCAAUUUGGCAUUGCUGGAGCAGGAGCGAGCAAAAGCAAGAGAAGAAGCGCUGCACCAGGAGAAGCUGAGGGAGGAGGAGCGAAAAAUCAGCGAGGCUGCCGAGGAGUCUAACAAAAUCUCUGAGAAGGAGGAUUCACCCACAACAGGAGCUGCUGAGGACAACAAACCUGUGGCACAAGAGAAAACAAACACCCCUUGUCCAGAGAAACAGCAGGACACAGACGAGCACCCAACUGAAGCUCAGGAAAAUGUGAUUGAAUCGGAGGUUACAGAUAAUGAAACCAGUCGAGAGUCCCCUGAGAGGAAACUUUUGAAGGCCAGUAGUUCUUCCCUUUCUGAGGUCAAAGAGGAGUCUACAGAUAUCAUUGUUGAAAAAAGUGAAGUGGCGCCGAGGAGCGAUCAAGAAGAAGAGAAACCAGAGGUGGGGCCAAGUGAAAAUCAAGUAGAAGAGGAAACCAUAAACACGGAUCAGAGAGAAGGGAAAGAAGAUGAGGAGGAGGUGGUUGAUGGAGCUGGAACAACUGAAUCCGAGCUGACUGAAGUUUUACACUCGACUCCCAGCCGAGACACUGAUGACAUGAAAACUGACAAAACAGAAGAGCAACAAGACGAACAAAUCCGUCGUUCUCCGCGAGACAUAGAGAAGCAGGCUGAUGAAAAUGAAACUGGUAAGUUGGAGUUAGCACCGCAGAGUGAAGGCCUCAAACCAGAAGAGCCAUUUUCUACUGAAGAAACUGAACAGGAGACACAGAAAUCUGGUUCUCCCCCUCUUCAGGAACACGAAAAGGAGGCAGACGGACAACUCACAAGUGAGACCACUGAUAGCUUGGCUCCAGCUGACGGGGACGAAACAGUAGAGAUGACAGAGCUAAGUGAGAGACCAAAAGAGGAGACAGAAGACUCUCCUCCUGACACAGAGGACUUCAAGGAGAAGGAAGACUAACAAGACGCAGAUCAUGUGUGAGCAAGGCGGUGUUCUACAGUCCAGUUUAAAUUGGUUUUAGUUUAUUGUGCAAAUAUAACACUUUAAAAAAAUAAACAUUUAUCCCCAA